AUGCAGCCACCUUGGUAUAUUGGCCUCAGUAGCCUUACUCAAGACAAGUCAUCUCUCCACCUUCACGGUCGUCGGAAGCCCCAACCACACCAGCCACAGCAACAGGAGUGCGAGCUGUUUUUACUUCACCUUCACUGCGAGCCUCGAGGACAAUCAUCCCAGGCUUUGCUUGCUUUUCCGGUUGAGGCCAUGCGAAUUCACUCGCUACUCGCACCGCAUCCAGCCGGACUCGAGCAACGUCGGCCCGGCAAUGCCGCUGGCCGCUGGACGAGCACGAACGACGAGAUAGCGGAUGCGACAAACACCAAAGAGCGAGCCGCAUACAAGACAUGGGCCUCCUUUCAUUUCUUUUUCCCCGUCGCUGACUUCCUCCACGGAAACCUCCUCGACAACUUCUACAUGCGCCAGCCGAUGUUAUUCGACGGUGUCAGUUUCUGCUCCGAUCCAAGGACAGUCCUCGCUCUUGGCCACCCGUUCGCUCCCCCAACAGUGCAGAACACUCGAGCUUCUUCUCAACGAGAUCAACAAGUAAUGCGCCAGAGUAUGCUAUUUGCACACGGUGGACUUGGCAUUCGUGGCCUGCGACUAUCUCCUCCCAACUCGUCACGACAGCCAGCUAGUAUGACCGUCACCGAAGAUGCCGGCCGAACACGUCAAAAGGCUCUGAUAUCGGCAAGUCAUGGCUGCCUUGCCUUCCUUGGUACCCCCGUCCGGGAGAUGGUCACCCCUGGCUUACCGGUGACGUUGGCAGAGGCAUUGAUUAAUUGUUCGUCUACGGAUACCGCGGUCGUCAACCCCGAAAGCCCCAGCGGCCAGAACGGCCCCUCCUUACGAAAUCUGGUUAAAGUGCUGUCUCCGCGCCUCAUUGACACGCUGGCACUCCGGCAGCUAAGGCACGCGUCUCCUUGUCCGGGGCGGACGGCUGUGAGGUUCAACAAGGAGCCGAAGCCUCGGGAUCUGGGCAUCGUCCGCCGCUGUGCCGCAUCCACCCUGUCGGCUAAUUGCCCGAGCGAUGCCCAGUGGUGGGCCAAAGCUGUCGUCGGGCUUGCAGCAUUUGCACAGCACCCAGUAGCAGCCAGCACGACUCGCAUGACGGUGAAUGUCGGUAUUUUUUUUGCCCUGAGAAAUGAAAUCAUCGGUCGGACCAGGGUGGAAGGGGGUGGCCGCAUGAAGGAGACCCUUCUCUCUCACUGGUCGCUGCCUCGACGCGCCAUGUGGCCCGGCCUCACUCAGAGAUGCUGUGGGCUUGGAUUGGUGCAAUCUCCGGUGCAACUCUUGAGCACUCGUCUUCUCGAGCCGAUUGAUGGCACCGUCCCCUAUCGUUCGCGCAGGUCAGCCAGCUCACGGACGCAAACCUGGAACCUCUCGCUCAAUUGUACGCCCCAAAAAGAGCAUCGGUAUCACAGGGGCAUCAACAUAUCCCUGCCCGCCGUCGUGACCAUUUCUGCGACGCAUCAACGAUCAUACGAAGACUCGUCUGGCACCAAGGAAAAAAAUUGUCGUUCCAUGUACAUCAUGUCCGUGGAGGGCAUUAGUCUCGAUGCUAGCCCCAGGUUCGGCAUGUCUCAACCGCAUGUUGUCGCGACGAAUCAUCAAGGCGCUUUUGCAAUUCUACCAGGUCGUGAAUGCAUCUUCUCCCUCAUCAGGACACGUAUACCAGCAUCCUUGUUCCUCAGACUCCUCAACCGGACGUACUGCGAAGAAGCAAUUUCCCUCCCUUUCUCGCACCCUUCAGUUGCGUUCCCCAGCUUUUGGAGGGGUCUAGGUACAGACUUGAGACCUUCGAUCAGCGACUUCGUGCAUACCACAGACAGGCCGGCGCUCUCUGCCUCGUCUAAUUCUUACUUCCUCAUGCCUAAGCCCAGGAAGCUGAAGGGCCCAGGAAUAACUCGUCGUGGGACUUACGCCCCGACGUUGAGGCACCAGGAGCCUGCCAACUCGCAUUUAUUUGCGCAGAACGAACUGGCUUCACCUUUUGAACUCAUCUAUCAUUGCUUUCGUCUAUGGUACCCGACAGGGUACGACAUCGUAGCAUCCAGUCGCGGCGCUUUGAAUGGCAAUAUCGAUGCCAGCUUUUUGCAUCAGUCAGGGGAGCAGGCUUCUAGGUUCCUCCAUAGUCGCAACGUUGAGUGUCGUUUGCAACUCGCCAAAGUGGCUCGUCGCAACCUCGCCCGUCAUGAACCAUGGAAUAUGGAGCUCAUCGACUCGGCAAUCUGCCAUGGAUUGAAUCUUCGUCCUCAGAUGGUUUGGGGGCCUGAUGACACAAUGGUCACGCCGUCGCCCAACUUCUCUUCUCCCUAA